AUGACAGGAGGAACCCUUGAAGUACUUCUUGUAGAUGCUGAAGGCAUUAGGCACACAAAUCUUCUUGGUAAGCCUAUUCCUACAUCCUACUACGUGAUCAUAGAGUGUGGCACUCGAGACUAUCGAAGCAAAGAAUCAUCAAGCGAAGAUGACAAAAUUAGCUGGAAUGAAAAAUUCACGUUUGAAUUUCCAUUGUCAGAUUGGAAAAACUUAACUCAUCUCAAAUUCAGAAUUAUGGACACCGAGUUGUUCAGAGAUGCUGGAUUUGUUGGUGAAACCAUAGUUCAUCUGGGUGGAAUAAUUACUGAGGGGAAGGACAGAGGAUUCAUUGAAUUAAAACCAGCUCCGUACAAUGUGGUGCUUGAAGAUGACACCUAUAAAGGAGAGAUAAAGAUUGGGUUUCGAUUUAUCACAAAUUAUAAGCGAUAA